AUGUGGUCCAAUACAUCGGCGAGCGACAAGAGCCGUGCCGUGAACGGUACGAGCGGUGGAAGCAGCCGUGCCGAAGCGGAGCGGUCGUGGAUCAUGGGCAAGGAGGCGUUUGAGGCGCGCAUGCCGCACCACAGCGGCAUCAAGGCGCUGUGGGAGACCAAGUGGAAGUUUCCGUGCACGCAGAGCGUGUACCCGUUCCACGACGGCCAGUACGAGGACUUUGAGCCCAUCUUUGCGCACCUCAUUGCCAACGACAUCAACGACGGCACGUCGGCGGCCUACACGGAGGCCUUUUUCCCGACCGCCGAGGCGUUGACGGCCCAGGCGGAUCAACUGCUCGCUGCCGCCGACGGACGCGACGACGGCAAAGACAAGGAGGCCCAAAAAGCGGCGUCCGCCCUCUACCUCCGGGCCUGCGCCGUCUACCGCAUUGCCCGGUUCCCCUACAUCACGGCGGCGCCGACUGUCAACGACGAGGUCAAGUGGCGCGCAUGGACGGCACAGAAGGCGGCGUACCUCAAGGCGGCCAAGACGUGGGAGGUGCCCAUCGAAGAGGUGCUCGUGCCGCACAUCCACCGGCGCCGGCUACAAAACGACGGCAGUGGCAAUGCACACAAUGUGGAAGGCGACGCCAUCCCCGUGUACCUGCGGCUGCCGCCCGAGGCGCUGGCGCCGCGGCCGGUGCCCGUCAUUGUGCUGCUCACGGGCCUCGACGGCUACCGGCCGGACAACACGGGCCGCUGCGACGAGUUCCUGGCACGCGGCUGGGCCAGCGUGGUGCUCGAGAUCCCGGGCACGGCGGACUGCCCCGCGGACCCGGCGGACCCGACGAGUCCCGAGCGGCUCUGGGACAGCCUGUUUGCGUGGAUGGCGGCGUUCAGCGGCGUGUUCGACAUGCGGCGCAUCGUGGUGUGGGGCCUCAGCGCGGGCGGCUACUACGCCGUGCGCAUCGCCCACACGCACCGGGCGCAGCUCGCCGGGUCCGUGGCGCAGGGCGCGGGCGUGCACCACUUUUUCGAGCCGGCCUGGCUGGCGCGCGCCGACGGGCACGAGUACCCGUUCCAGCUGACGCCCGCGCUGGCCCGCAAGCACGGGUUCGCGACGGCGCAGGACUACGUCGCGGGCGUGCAGGCCCGGUUUUCCCUGCUGGCGACGGGCGUCCUGGACCAGCCGUCGACGCGGCUGCUGCUGAUCAACGGCACGCAGGACGGGCUGAUGCCGAUCGAGGACUCGCUGCUGCUGUUCGACCACGGGUCGCCCAAGGAGGCGCGGUUCUUCCCGGGCAAGCUGCACAUGGGCUACCCGUUUUCGAAUGCAUCGGUGUAUCCGUGGAUCGAGAGCGUGAUGGCGUCGGUCAAGGAGUAG